UCGGAUUCUGAUCAACGACUUCACGCAUUAAUAACAAAAGGAAUUUAAACAAACGAAGAAGAUAAACGAAGUGCAGAGCAGAGAACAUACGCACGGAAAAAGCCACCAGCUCUGCUCCCUGGCUCUCCCUCGAUCCCUAAUCUACCAAAUCGGGCUUGCUCUGCUCUGCUGUCGAUAUUUUCUUCGAUCGCAAUGCUCAACGACAACAACAACGUAUCCAUCUCCGUCUCCGACGACGAGCCCGACGAGCCCGGCCGGAUGCGAGUCCGGGUCAGGAGGAAGCGCAAGAAAUCUGGCCUCCGCGUCCGGACGGAGCUCACUCCCCGGCUCGUCCGGUUCCUGGUGAAGUACUGGAUCCUCUUGAUCAUCGUCGCGGCCGCCGGACUGCUCCUGUUCGAGGCGUCCAGGAUCGGCAGGAAAUCCGGGCCCGGGGAGAUGGAGAAGAAGAGACCGAGCGACGGAUUCUAUUCGCGAGCCGUUAAGAAGCCGAGCUCGGAAGGCAACUUGAAUCGCUUGGAUCCGACGACUCGAGUCGUCGGCGGUGUCAGAGAACGUUGCUUGAAGCUCCUACCUCUUGAAGAACUUCAACAGUUGGAUAUUCCUGUCGCAGAAGCGUCCAGUAGCCCCUUAAAGAACGUGAUAUACUUGUCAGAAAGCUCUCCUUCCAAUCGAGAGCAUGGGUCAUUCUCUCGGCAGCAAGCAGCACAGGCGAGAUUUAAUCUAUUCACCGGAAACCAGACUCUUGAUCAGAGGGAGGAAAGUUUUCAGGUGAAAGAAACCGUUAAAGCGCAUUGUGGAUUUUACAGUGAUGGCGGAGGGUUUAAGAUUUCUGAAGAGGACCAGACCUACUUGCAAAGUUGCAAGAUUGCUGUGGCUACUUGUGCAUUUGGUGGAGGUGAUGAUCUUUAUCAACCUAUAGGAAUGACUGAGUCAUCAAUUAAAAGGGUUUGCUAUACUGCGUUCUGGGAUGAAAUCACUCUUGCAGCUCAAGAACAAGAGGGGCAUAGAGUUGGUGAGGAUGGAUACAUCGGAAAAUGGCGUGUGGUGGUUGUCAGGAAUCUCCCAUUCAUCGACCAAAGAUUGAAUGGUAAAAUUCCAAAGAUGUUGGGCCACCGUCUCUUUCCGAAUGCAAAGUACUCUAUAUGGGUUGAUUCAAAGUCCCAAUUUAGGAGGGAUCCUUUAGGGGUGCUAGAGGCGCUACUUUGGCGGUCAAAUUCAGUUCUUGCAAUUUCUGAGCACGGAGCUCGUAGUAGUGUGUAUGAUGAGGCUAAGGCAGUUGUUAAGAAGAAUAAGGCCACUCCAGAAGAAGUCGAUGUGCAGUUGACUCAAUAUCGCCGUGAUGGCCUUCCUGAGGAUAAGAGAUUUAAUGGGAAGAAAGCUUUAGCUGAAGCAUCUGUGAUUGUAAGGGAGCAUACACCAUUGUCUAAUCUAUUCAUGUGCCUCUGGUUCAAUGAGGUCGUGCGGUUCACAUCGAGGGAUCAGCUAAGCUUCCCAUAUGUACUUUGGCGGUUGAAGGUACUAAAAAACAUCAACAUGUUCCCCGUAUGCACCCGCAAGGAUCUUGUCAACAGCAUGGGCCAUAUACGCAAGGCCAAGCCCUUGGUCAGUUGAUAAGGAUUCUCUUUUGCAGGUUCGAACAUCAAUUCUUAGAAAGGUAGUUUUAGAAGAAUAUUUUUCAAAUUUCUCGAUAAUUUAUUUAUUUAGGAUCAGUGUAAAUUUGUUCUACUGAUGGAAUAUUACCUUAAGACGGGCAUUCGACCUUUCCAUCCUUUUCAGUUUUAUUGAUUUAACAAAUUUUAGUUAUUUGAUUCA